GUGAAUGUGGUGCAUGUGAGGGCUGACAGUUUGUCAGUGUGACUCUGUUCAUCAUGAAGACACUUCUGCUCCUCGUCCUCCUCUCAACCAGUGAAUGCAGCAGCGACCUCGUUGGUCGAGUGGGUCAGAACGUCACUCUGUCCUGUAAGUACAACACAAAGGAAAAUGGAGCGCGUUCAGUGUGCUGGGGGCGAGGACUUAUUCCAUCAUCAGGCUGCAACAACCAGCUGAUCUCUACAGACGGACAGAAAGUGACCGAAGAAGCUUCCAGAAGGUAUCAGUUGUUGGGUCGACUGGACGAAGGAGACGUUUCUCUGACCAUCCUGAACCUCACAGAGACAGACGCUGGACGCUACGGCUGCAGAGUGGACAUAAGGGGGUGGUUUAAUGACGAAAAACACCACAUUGUCCUGACCAUAGACACAGAUGAACAAUCAACCACAGAAACAACACAAAACACAGAGACGACGACAGGACCAACAUACAACUACACAGCAGGUCAGCUGACCUCUACAGAGAGCGCAGUGACUUCCUCCUCAGCCGGCAUGAAGGGCGAGCAGCAGGAGAGCAGCAAUCUGAUGCUCGUUCUAGUGUUGGUUUUGUUGGUGCUGAUUAGUAUGGCAACAGCCGGCGUAGUCCUCUAUAUCACGAGACGAUGGAGGCGACUGAACAAAAUUCCUCCGCAGCAGGUCAGCAGUACGGUUGAGUUCAAUCAGACCUCGUCCACGCUACAGCUCCACAGACGAGGAUCAGCCGUGGAAAACAUCUACCAGCUGGACGGAGGAGAGUAUGAGUACUGCCCCUGAGCCCUGAAGCUCCGCCCACUGAACACAUGACCAGCUCUGGACAUAAUCAUGACUCAUCACCAGAGCUCCUGCAGUUCCUCUAACUGCCACCAGGAGAACAUUUAAAGGGGCAGCUUGGGGAAUUGCUGGAGGGCACAACCAAUCAGGGAGCUUCAAGCUAUUCUAUCGUCUUAAGAACAGAGAGAAUACUUUAUCUAGGUCUAUCUUUAUCUCUUGUCCAAAAAUGGUCACUUCUGGUUCCUAAAAUAAAGAUUCUUGUAACUUUU